AUGCUGAAAGAAAAUGGCCAGUUUCCUUCUCUCUAUCAGGUGUCCCGAAAGGAGACAUCUCUGGCUCUUGGCAUGGUUUCCUUGAUGCUUCAUUUCAACUGGACUUGGGUAGGACUUGUCAUUACAGAAGGUCAUAAAGGUCAUCAAUUUCUUUCCGAUGUGCAAGCAGAGAUGUCCAGGAACAGAGUCUGUGCAGCAUUUGUGAAAAUGCUUCCAACUCCCCUUGCAUCCUAUAUGCCAACUGCACAUCAACAUACUAUCCUGACUGGGGAAACAUCACUGGUAACUGUGGUUGUAAUUUACUAUGAUAUUGAUGCCCUAAAUGAUGUAAACUAUGCUAUAGAGCCAUACAUAGCCACAUGGAGAGUCUGGAUCACAAACUCACAAUGGCAUGCUGACAUGGCUGGGAAAAAUUUUAUACUUAACUCAUUCCAUGGGACUCUGAUUUUUUCAAACCACCAUGAGGAAAUUUCGGGUUUCAAAAAUUUUAUCCAGGCAGUUAACCCUUUCAAAUACCCAGAAGACACUUACCUCACUACUUACUGGUUCAAUAAUUUUCAUUGUUCAUUCUCUGAUUCUGAUUGCACAUUGAAGGACUGUACACCCAAUGCCUCUUUGGCAUGGCUGCCUGUGAAUCGUUUUGACAUGGCCAUGAAGGAUGGGAGUUACAAUAUAUACAAUGCUGUGUAUGCAGUGGCCCAUGCCCUCCAUGAGAUGCUUCUUCAACAAGUAGGAAUGCCACCAGUGAGAAACAGAAAAGCUGUGGUGUUUUCCCCCUGGCAGGUAAUGUUUCUUCCACUGAAUGGCACACAGACUGUCAUCAAAGUUCAUUCCUUAAAUUAUCCCACUUGUGCUGUAUCCAUGAAGUUUAUAAUCUUCACUCCCAAACUACAAAAAAUUUCAUAGCAGGCUCA